CAAGAGGCGGGAGCCGGAGAGGAGACGAGACGAGGUGGGGAGGAGCGGCCGGGAGGAGGCCGGUCGGGGUUUGUUGUCAUCCCAAGAUGGAGUUUCUGCUGGGGAACCCUUUCACCACCCCGGUGGGGCAGAGCCUCGAAAAAGCCACAGACGGCUCCUUACAGAGCGAAGACUGGACACUGAAUAUGGAAAUAUGUGACAUUAUCAACGAAACAGAAGAAGGUCCAAAGGAUGCCAUCCGGGCACUCAAGAAGAGGUUGAAUGGGAACAAAAACUACAGAGAAGUGAUGCUGGCUUUAACGGUCCUGGAAACGUGCGUGAAGAACUGCGGCCACCGCUUUCACGUCCUCAUCGCCAACCGAGACUUCAUCGACGGCGUCCUUGUGAAGAUCAUCUCUCCUAAGAACGAAGAAAACUCUCUGCUUCAUGAAAACGGCAUAGUAUUUGUGGCUUCUUCUUCAUUCCAGGCUUGGGCAGACGCCUUCCGAAGCAGCCCCGACCUGACCGGGGUGGUGCACAUUUACGAAGAGCUCAAAAGGAAAGGGGUGGAGUUUCCCAUGGCUGACCUGGAUGCUUUGUCUCCGAUACACACACCUCAGAGGAGCGUUCCCGAGGUUGACCCGGCUGCUAACAUGAACAGGUCCCAGUCCCAUCAGAGAAUGAGCUCGGGGUCUUAUUCUGGCUCUCCCUCUCCGACGGCGUACUCGGCCCCCCAGGCCCCCGCUCUGAACGUGACCGGUCCCAUCACAGCAAACACAGAGCAGAUCGCACGACUACGCAGUGAACUCGACGUUGUUCGUGGAAACACAAAAGUGAUGUCCGAGAUGCUAACGGAGAUGGUUCCUGGCCAGGAAGACUCGUCAGAUCUCGAGUUAUUGCAGGAGCUGAACCGCACAUGCCGCGCCAUGCAGCAGAGAAUUGUGGAGCUGAUCUCCCGAGUAUCGAACGAGGAGGUCACCGAGGAGCUGCUCCACGUCAACGACGACCUGAACAACGUCUUCCUCAGAUACGAAAGGUUUGAGCGAUACAGGCUGGGCCGGUCUGCGCAGAACGCUAGCAAUGGGGUUCUCAGCGAGGUGACGGAAGACAACCUAAUAGAUCUCGGCCCCGGCUCCCCAGCGGUGGUCAGCCCCAUGGUGGGGAACACCGCUCCACCCGCGACCCUCUCUUCCCAGCUGGCCGGGCUAGAUUUGGGCACCAACAACGUGAGCGGCACGCUCAGCUCCCUCCAGCCCGCCAACCCCCGUGACGACUUCGACAUGUUUGCGCAGACGAGAGGCGGCGCGCCGGCCGAAGUCUGCCAGACAGUGACAUCCGAAGACCCCAAGAUCAUCAGGGGCCCCCAGGAGGUUCGGAAACAGAACGCGGGAGGGAUUCCUGUCACACAGCCCUCUGUCAUGGAUGAUAUUGAGGAAUGGCUCAGUACUGAUGUGAAGGGAGAUGAGCUGGAAGAAGGGGUGACGAGUGAAGAGUUUGACAAAUUUCUAGAGGAGCGCGCCAAGGCUGCCGAGAGGAUGCCCAGCCUGCCUUCCCCUCCUCAGGAGAACCCCACGCCGCCCAUGACGACGACGAACCCUCCCGGCAAAAAGAAACCGGAGCGCUCGGAAGACGCUCUCUUUGCCCUGUAACGGUCCUUCCCUUGCUCUCUCUGUGUGUCUGCGUGUGUGCGCGUGUGCGUGCUUGGGAGCCGUGCGCUCAAGCUCUCCUUGUGCUCUCCAGCUAGCGAUGAGCUCCCUCCACCUUCCCGGCUCUCCGAGAUGGCCUCUCUCCACUCUUGGAAGCCGUCUCUCUCUUCCUCCCCCCCAAACUCCCAAAACUAAGCUAACUUUUGAAAGGGCGCCCAAGCCUGGUCUGGUCAUUCCUGUGGCUGUCCUCUCAUGCUCUCUGAACUCCCCUCUUUCUCACCCUGAGCGAAUAAUGCCGAGAUGUUAUUUACUGUCCCUUUUAUUAUUAUUAUGUUUUUUAAAAAUUGCAUGAGUGUUCUCUCGCCCACCUCCAUCGGAUGAAGAAUAGAGGUGCCCAGAGAAGGGGGUCUGGGUUUCAUGCAGGCAAGCACUCUCUCCUGUUCCCAUCAGUCUGUCCAAAGCGCAUGGAGACCCGGGCAAGCCUGGUCAUGCUCUGAUUAUGCACCUGCACCUCUUGUAGAAGGAGGCCGGUCCAGCCUUUACUCCCUUCCCCUGAGGUCCAAUGCAAAAGAAAUUCCUCUCUUUUCCCCAAAUGUUGCUUAAACACAUUUAACUUGCCAUAGUAUGAUCUUGGGGCAUCAGUGUUUCUUUUCAAAGAUUUAUCGGGCAGGUUUCCGCCCAAGACCGCCGCUUGCGGUGAGUAUUAUGAGCUGGCUGUGAUGAGCAAGUAGCGGGCAGAGAGUGUCCAAUGAGAUGAAUUACAGUGGUGCCCCGCUUGACGAUUGCCCCACUCCACAACAAAUCUGCUUUACGAUGGGGUUUUUGUGAUUGCUUUUGCUGGAACGGAUUAUCGUCAUCAAGCGAGGCACCACUGUAUUACUUUAGAAGUCUUGCCUUCAGGGGUUGCUGUUUGAGGCUGGAGGGUGGUUUGAUGGAAGAUAUACGUCUGCCAGAUUGGCUGGCUGGCUUUUUUGAAAGGAUCUUGGUUUGUCUGGGCAAGUGCUAACCCCUUCGUUUUGCCCUCGCCCCCAUGGUAGAAAGGAUUUAGAUGAGGCCCCUGGUCGCAACGGAUCCUCAGAACCCAGAGGCAGGGUUGUGACUUGCUUGUCUUGAACACCCCAGCGGUACAGAUGUUUCUUACUGCAAGGGCGAUGUGUCUUUCAUUUCUUUUCUGAGAAGCAUCAGCGAAUCUUGGGUUGCUUUGCAAAUGCGAGGUGGAAACGUGCAAGCUUGGAAAUCCACGGAGCAUCUCUUGGGAGCUCUCAGUCCUGAGUGGUUGGUGGUUCUGUCUUGUUCAUGCGCCCUGCUUAGGGUUACUUCCUGGAUGCUGCCAUUGAGGUUUCUCGGCUGAGUUGAAUUCUGAACAGGGUGAGGGCUUGUUUCGUAAUGCGUUGCCCUGGCUCCUUUGGCUUUUUCCGUUGCGCUUUGCUCGGUGGAAUCAGAAAAGGUGAUGUUGGCCGUGGGGUUAUGGGGGAUGAAUGGGGACGGUGGGAGAAAGCUUUUCCGCCCAGAGUGGCCUGGUUGCCAGACGGUGCGGGGUAUAAACCCAAUAAAUAAAUAAAUAAAUAAAUAAAAUAAAAGAAGCCUUUGCCCAGACGUGGCACGGUAGUAUCUCGGGCUCUGCUCCCAAGGUGCAAUACGUUAUGGCUGCGGCUGCUUUGUCCCAGACCCCAGGCAGCUUGUUAACGUGGGGUGAUGGAACGGUGUGGGUGUUCAGCAAGCCUGAGAAGGGGUGCCGGGUGGCCCCCCUCUUUCCAGGUUCCAACGGGAGGCCUGCGGUGGCUAUCAGGGCUAGGGAAACUUUCAGACAUUGACUAGAACCCUGCAGAUUGUCUCCGCACAGCAUGUCCGGUAAUGAUGCUGGUUGAGGACCAGGAGGUUGUGAUGCUGAAAUGGAUCCUCCUCUCUCUCUCUCUCUCUUUUUGAAUAAACCACGAUUCCCUUGCCCCGUUUGAGAAGGAAGCCAACCAAAGGGCACGGGGUUGUGCGUAGUCACGGAGCUUGGCUCCUCUGGAGGUUGAUUCAGGUCUUCUGAGCUGCCCUACGAUGAGGAAGAGCAGAGAGCAGAGCAGAAGCGAGCACUCCCCCAGGGUGUGGGUGAUUGUGGGGGACAGGGAGGGUGUCCUUGCGUGGGUUGGCUCGGGGCACCCCCAAAGAGCUGGCUGGGCGGAAGGACUAAACAGGCGAUGAGUUGACGUUUGCACAGAAGGAGGGCGAGAGACGGCCAGGGAUGCAGAGAGAGCAGCCUGAACGGAGUCGGCAGGAGCCGUGAUUCAGAACCAGACAUUUCGGGAAAAGGAGGAAGCCUCUCUGGCAAGCCAGAUCUCUUUCCUGGGCCCCUCUUGGCCUCCCUGUGGUCACCCCUCCAUGCCGUCCCUUCUUUCCUUCCACCACGGCUUUCUUUGCACAACAAGGAUACCGUAACUAGCCCAAGGAGCUCCGAGGGCCAAAGAGAUCGGAGUCCUAAACGACCGUUGGGGAAACUCCCAAGUGUUCCUCGUUGAGAGAGCUGGGGUUGAGGGUUGGCCUCGGUUUCCGCAGUUUAUGGCCGAUACAGUUACCGACAGCCGGUUACAGCCUUUAUAUUUCCCCCAAAAAUAUAACGAACGGUUUCGCCCCCCUUUACUCUCGCUUUCCUGUGGCCCUUUAAGAAAAAGGUCAGAAGAUGCAGUGUAAAUAUAUUCCGUCCCGUUCGUCUUCUGCGUGUCGGCUUCACUGCUUUUUCUGAUUUCCUUCCUGUCCAGCUACCAUUCCUGUAACCAUAUUUAUAGGGUGACGAAAGGUGGACCACUCUUACGCCGUAAGUCAGAGGAGGAAAGGCCAUAAUAAUCAUGAGGGCGUGCAACGGUCUGUAAGACCGUUUUCUCUGUUACGGCUCGCUAAACGACACUAAAUUAUCCUUGAGAUCUUUUCUUACGACACUAAUGACGCUUUGUCUUCAAGUAUUAAAAUAUAUUUAUUUUUGUCCUGACCCAGUGGACAGUUUUCUCGAAGAAUCCCCACAGAAGAGGAGUGUGAUCUGCUGUGUCCCUCGCACGGCAUGGUAGCAGGCCCAUGUAUAGGCAAACCUUUCUGCUCCCCCGGGGCCCUCUAUCACUGCCUUUUCUUCUUUUUUCUUUUCCUUCUGCGUCCUUCGGUCAAUUACUUUCCACUACUGUCAGGUGGCCGGGGGAGAGAAAAUACUUCUGUUUAAAAUAUAUUCUGCGUGGGAUGUGUAACAUUUCAUAAUAAUAAUAAUAAUAAUAAUAAUAAUAAUAAUAAUAAUAAUAAUAAUAAUAAUAAUAAUAAUAAAUAGUUAUGCAUAGAGUGCAGAUGUUUCUAAGACCGGAUCCUACCCCGUAGAGAUAUUUGACUCCAGAAACACCUCCAGACCGUUUUCUCACUACAGACCUUGCGUCUGUUUUCAACAGCAGUUGAAUCCAGACCGUGGUGGACCAGAAGGACCCCCCCAUGGCAUAACCACCCAGAUAACCCAUCUGCCCCAUUAACCUUUCCAAAAGGGUGAGAGAAGUGUAGCCAGAGGGGGUCGCCCUCCCUUCCCUGUGCCAGACAUGACUCCACUUCUGCUUUCCUCGGAUGUUGGGAAAGCGGUGAGGAUUCCCGAGGCAGCAGGCUCGGUGGCGGCCGUGCCGGUUGGGGGAUUCUGGGAGUUGUAGUCCAAAGCAACCUGGUCACAGAGAACACUAAACCCCCAAUUUCAGCAGAUGGAAGCAGAGUGGUUUGGGAAACAGAGGUGGCAGCCGGGGGCCAAGCCACCCUCUAGUCUCUGCCCUUUUUCCGUUCCAAAGGAAGGCUGCUCCGAUAGCGGCCGGUCUGCUGCCAGACGACGGGGAGAAGCCGGUGUUCUCCUUGUGGCCUCGUCUCCCUAGCUUGCCCCGUUGUCUGGAAGGGCGCAGGCGUUCGCUCCCGAACCCGCUGAUGCCAACGCUGGCUUUGGAGCCGGCAGGAUCAUUGCAGGACCUGUUGAGCCAGGUCCGCUGUGCACGGAGUAAACACUUCCCCUUGUAUUUUAAUUAUUGGAUGUCCAGCCAAAGUAGUUGGCUUUCUUUUGCCUCCCCCUCUGCCUCCUUGCCAGCACGGCCUGCCUUGGCAUCUUCAGCCAGAUGGACCGUCCCCGAGAUGGGGUCCACCUGCACCAUCCGUUUCUGACCUCCCAGGAAGCAACUGGCCGAGAGGUCUUUUGUACGGUACUUCCGAACCUUUGGUAUGAAGUAGCAAACCUGCAAGCGUUCGGGCAUUAGCGAAAGAAAACCGCCCCAGCCUUUCCUCGUGCAAUCCAGCAUCCCUUGUAAUGAGUAAAUGCUUCUAUGCGCCUUCCAAUUCAAUGAAGUCUUAUUUUUAUUUUCUUUUGCUGUAAAGUGGCGUAAGCUCUUUUCCACCUUCCCCAUCUGCUUCCUGUUACAUACCUCUGUCCCAGUCACCCUCCCCAAAUAACCUGUGUCAGACAGAGCCUUCGUCUGUAUAUUUUAAAAAGUCUAGGUGUCUCCAUAUGAAAAGUGGAUAAUAUUUAUUUACUGGAAACAGUCGAUGGUUUGUUUUUGUCUUUGCGGGGAGGGGGGGAGAGAAGGUUGGUGGGCAGUGAAAGGGAAUUAAUUGUUUUAUAAGAAAAUGUAAAGACUGCUAUGUAAAAAUAAUAAUAAUAAUAAUAAUUCUUAAAUGCCUUUAAAACUAUCCUGGCUUCUCUCUUCCCUGUUAAUGAUGGUGUUUUCAUGUGAGCAAAAAAAAAA